UGUGACUUUGCUGUUGUCCUACUCCAGAGUACGUAGUACAGUGUACUACAGUACUACCAGAGACGUCAUCUUUACAGCACGUACGCUCGUGUCCCGCGCGCAUCGCGGCGAUGUAUGCGAGUGUCCAAGCAGCGUUGGUUCAUGCCAUCAUCACCAAUGCGACUACGUCGAUCACGUCUCCACCGUCCCCAUCUUCAACUCCGCGUCCCUCUCGUCAAGUCGAGCUCGCAUCGAUUCCAUGGGCUGCCAUCGUCGUAGGUGGCAUACCUGCCUUGCUGCUGUGUGCUGUCGUGUGCAUGUGGUGUCGACGUCGCAGCCAGACAAGACAGCAGCGUAGAUCGAGCAACCCAUCGAAUUCUGACGAGCAACUGUCGUCGAAACCUCUUGCAUCGUCCAGCACAAUCGGAGCCCCUCCAUACCCGAGAUUCUAUCACCCCCAAGCUCCCAACGAACAUGCUUCGCAGCCACCAUCGAUCCAAUUGUCGUCCAACGCCAGCUCCGUCCCCCCUGUAUUGCGUGGUCCGUUGUCAUCGGCAAAGGCGUCCAUGGAGGUGCCGCCUCGAUACUACUCAGACCAAUCCACCUCAUUGUCAUAUCCACAUGAAGCAAGGAGGGCAAGCAAUGGCGCUCAAGGUCGCACUUCACUCGAAGACGUAUGGAAACAAUGGCCAAAUGGAUCGACGGGUUCGCGGUCGUUCGACACCCACGUGUCCAGCGCGGCAGACUAUGUCGAAUCGAAUCCGUUAGCGCACUUUUCUCAGCCUCCUCCACCCGCAGCUGCAUUCAACGGUGCAUGGCAACUAUCACAUCCAGGAAACCGCCAAGACGACGUGUCGGAUACGUUCAUGUAUGCGACAUCGAGUUCGACGACGGCGGAGUACGGGUACGAGGCGACCAUGCAUGCUGCGCCAACGGCAGACUUGACACCAUUUGGACGGGAUGGUCCCAAUCAAAGACCAAGUUAUGCCUCGACCUGCAUUACUGGAAUGCCUUCACUGGAUACAUACAGGAGGUAAACAAACACUGUCUGUAAUUAACAGUUAAAGGGAAAUAAAUAUAUUCUCUGCAAAAAGUACUCAAUGCC